AUGCCUAUGAUCCCGCUGGCAUCGGUUUUAAUCAUAUCAAUCUGUUCCGUUCUCAAAGACUCGAAGAAACUCACUAUCGCCUUCAACGAAAUCCCCCGCCUGAGAGUGGAAGUCAAGCCCGAGGGGGGAGACUUCACCCUCCCAGAGGUCUGUAGAGUUCUCACCUUUCUCUGGUACGCCUCACCGCGUCUAAACGACCUGCAUGCGGAAUACUGUGGACCGGGCUCACUAUUUGCUCCGGGUCUCGAGUUUGCACGUAACUUCAGCACCGAUUCGCACGCCUUCCUCUCUGAUGCUGAAUGGCGCGGUGAGCCCACCGAGGCGUUCUUCACUCGUGGUCUACCAACUGCUAACAAGGUCAGCAUGCUCGAACCACCCUCCAUCCGAGGGUCAGACAUUGAGAACGAAGCAGUCCUCCAGAUUACGGCAACUAAAAGCUUGAAGGAGAUCAUGAAUGGUACUGAGAUCCACGUCCGGGACUGGGAAGGAUUUUCCCAACACGCCGGCACUUUGGACUCUCAUGCAAUCGAGAACUGGAUCAAGUUGAAGCUAUCCAACUCUGCGUUUGGAUCGUCUGGUUCGUACAAAAUCCUUCAUUUGCUCGAAGAUAUUAACCUCCAUGCACAAGCAGCAUACUACGAACCUCUCGGCCAGAACCCAUUCGUUCCGGAACUUGACGCCCACCGCCUUCGCAAACCCACCAUCAACCUCGAAGACGACGAAGACUUGUCGCCGUACACCUUUGGCAUCGAACUCGAGUUCCUCGUCCCUUUCACCGAUACCAAACACGCCGGCAAAGACAUCGACGAUCAACGCUGGGUCUACAAUCAUUUCACCCCGUAUGUCCUCCCAAGUCCAACCAACCCCCCACCACAGAGCGAGCUCGACAAGCUGGCCGACCUGAUAGAUAAACACCUUGGUACCAACCCCAAAGACGAGCGCGGACAGGCCCACGAUGAAUCAGCGAAACAACUAGAGACAAUGCUCUGCGACGAGGGGUACUUUAGCGCGGCAUGGGACACCGUCUUUGACCUCCGAGACGACUACGAGGGCAAAAUAUCCAUACCGGGGAUACAAUCCAUCGCAGAUGCUGCGGGCUGUCAUCUUCACUUCUUGGAAGAUGUCAUCGCAGAGUUCCAGUGCUGGUACAUUGAGAGAGACCCUAGCCUUUCUGACUGGGCUUCCGGUGAAAAGGGGUACGCCGGGCACACUGGGAUGGAGAUGUCCAGUCCCGUAUUGCGUGACUCACCCGAAGAUUUCGGCAAGAUUGUCGACGUCUUGAGGAUCCUCCGCGGUGGGCUGAGACCGAUGCUGGACGUCAGUUGUGGUCUACACGUCCACGUGGGUAGUGUUCGCAAGUUUUCUCUUCGCAGCUUGAAGCGUAUCGCCACGUUGAUCAUGAUUGCUGACCCGAUUCUAUAUACUCUCGUCCACCCUUCUAGGCAGUGGAAUCCCAUGACGCUGCCUCUCCACCUCGAUGCAAUUAUCGCAAAGGCUGACGGUUUACCCGACUACACCGCAGCGUUUGAUUUCGAGGACGCAGAUAACAAGUCACAAGACAACCCUCUCCAGGUGGUCAUGGCCAAGGUGUUGUUGGAUCUGGAAGCCAACGUUCCCAUGAACGACUUGCCCCGGAAGCUGCGGGGUCAGCUGGCAAAGCUCUGGGCUACAGAUAGUCUCUCUGUUCUUCUAAGUCAGCUCGCCCCGUUUCGUGGGUGCAAGGGCGGCACCGCCUUCGGCACCCUCGGUUGGGACUUUUCGAAGCCGAGCAAUGACCCACGUAUAAAGGGCACCAUCGAGUUCAGAAUGCUCGAGGGCACGCUUGACCCGGUACUGAUUACGCACUGGACCAAGCUGCUUCUCAAGAUUGUAGAAAGAGGGGACGCUGCGACUUCGAAGGAGUACUUCCAGAUACUUGCUACCCUCGCCCAGGAGCGGAAAAGUGCGGAAGAUAAGCUUGCUGCGUUGCUGGGUGCUCUUGGCCUCGAGAAGCACCUGCCGUUCUGGAGCAAGAUCUUGCAGAAGAAUCAAGCUAUAGACUUCGAGUUGGAGGACAACGAGUAUGGGCGGAAGAUCAUGCCCGAGGAUUGGGAGUUGCCCAUAUACCGACAGAAGGAAGGCAAUGGGCAGGUGUUCGAACGUAGUUGGUAUGAACGGAACGUUGUCAGACUACCAAAGCUUGACGACGAUGUUUGGGACCAGAUCAGAGAUAUUCUUUGA